GUCUUCGUGCUGUUCGUCAUGGUCAGCGCCCGCGCCUACGGGCUCGAGCCGCUGGACUGCCCGCGGGCGGCGGCGGCGGGCCUGAUCGUGUGCGGCGGCGUCCUGCAGGGCUUGAGCGUGGAGCAGAGGGUAGCGGGCACGGGGGCGCAGGAGCUGCAGCUACAGCGCCGCGCUGCCCCUGGCGCCCACCCCGCGGGCCAGAGGGG